CUUGCGGAUCAUAGGAAAAACCAAGACCCCCCUCUCGCGAGGCGACAGCUUCAUCUUCUUCUCUUUCUCAGGGUUUCCGUAAACCCUAGAAAUCAAUGGCGAAGCGGGAGAUCUCGAGCACGCUGAGGAAUCUCAAGUUCAUGCAAAGGGCGUCACUGAAGGAGCCUAAGCCGGACAAGGACGAAGCCAAGACGAAGCCGGAUGAGAGUUUCGGUUCCAAUCCACCCCCAGCUCGAAGAUGCAUAGUGAUAAUGGAGGGCGACCCUCAUCCUGAAGCACUAAAAGGCCGGAUGUCAUUUCAAAGUUUUAACCCUCAAAUAGAAAAAUUAAAUGAAGAAGCCGCAAAUAGUCAGCAAAAACAAGAAUGUUUCGCAAAUAGCAAGGAUCAAAAUAGUACAAUUUCUGACAGAUUGAAUGGGCCCGAAUCUGCAACUAGGUCGGAGAACUUGAGUGUUGCUCCUGAUGUAGACCUCAAAAGGAAGCAACCGGAGAUGGAUACUGAAUCAAUAUCUCCUCAUAACUCACAGUCAGGUACAACCGAUGAUGGUGAAGCACAAUCUUCACAAAACCAGAGAAAAAGUUUGCAUAAACAAAACAAGCGAGAAAAACUCGAUUGGAAUGUUCUUAGACCACCCAAAGUUCAGAGUAGAAGACAAUGAGCAUAAUCGAAAGCUCGUAUUCCUCUCCAUCUGUGUACUAUGUUCUGAUGUUAGCUCUUCUUCUAUUGUUUUAUUGUUAGUAAUGGUUACUAUUCUAACUCAAACUGAAGUGUGUAUUCAGUUUUCUCUUUCAAUGUUUUUCUUACAUUUCCUUUGUUGAA